AUGGAUCUCCUCCAAUCCGUGCGAAAAGAAGGGUCGCGUGGAGGAGUCAACUUCAGCUGGGACGAUGUCAAAGGCGCGACGAACCGCGAGAACUAUCUCGGCCACUCGUUAAUGGCCCCAGUGGGUCGCUGGCAGCAAAACAAGGACCUGAACUGGUAUGCCAAAGCAGACGAUGCAGAUCUCACUCCGGAGCAGAGAAUGGAAAAGGAGCGUGAAGCGAAGCGCGAAGAGAUGCGCAAAGUGAAAGAGGCAGAAGAGGAUGCUAUGAACUUGGCUCUAGGUCUGCCUGUUCCGGAUAGGACGAAUGCGAAUCUGCAGCCGUUGGGA